AAGGCAACGCUGUGUCGUCACUUCCUGGAAGUAUUUUCAACAUGGAGUCGUCCGGCUUGAAGCUGAAUCUCUGGGAGAAUGGACCAAAGCCCGGACAGUUUUAUUCAUUUCCUGGCAGCAGCGGACUCGGCACAGCAUGCGGGCCGGUCAGGCACACACUCAACCCAAUGGUAACAGGGACGUCAGUGCUUGGCGUGAAGUUCAAUGGUGGUGUAAUCAUCGCGGCAGACAUGUUGGGGUCGUACGGCUCUCUGGCACGAUUCAGGAACAUAUCUCGCCUUAUGAAGGUGAACAACAACACCAUCCUCGGAGCUUCAGGGGACUAUGCUGACUAUCAGUAUCUCAAACAGGUCAUCGAACAGAUGGUUAUUGACGAAGAGCUGCUUGGGGAUGGUCACAGCUACAGUCCCAAGGCUGUCCAUUCCUGGUUGACCAGAGUAAUGUACAACCGUCGCAGCAAGAUGAAUCCCUUGUGGAACACUGUGGUGAUUGGUGGUUUUUACAAUGGACAGAGUUUCUUGGGUUAUGUCGACAAGCUGGGUGUAGCCUAUGAAGCUCCCACCGUGGCCACUGGCUUUGGGGCAUACCUGGCUCAGCCACUGAUGAGGGAGGCGUUGGAGAACAAGACAGACAUUACGAAACAGGAAGCUCGGGACCUGGUGGAGCGUUGCCUCAAAGUGCUCUACUACAGAGACGCUCGUUCUUACAACAGACAUGAGAUUGCCAUUGUAACCGAAGGAGGUGUGGAAAUUAUUGGUCCCCUGUCUUCUGAAACUAACUGGGACAUCGCCCACUUGGUCAGUGGGUUUGAAUGAUGUGCUGCGACUGAUGAAGCAUCACUGAUCAUCUGAAACAUUGAACACUUCAGCUUAUUACAUGAAACCUAUGUGUCCCACUUUAGUUUAUUCUCAUGUUCACUGUCACUUUUAUAUAAUUGAAAAUAAACAUGAAACAUUAAGGAGUUUGAA